CUCUGUGUGGGAGCAGUGGGUGGGGUGGGAUGAUAAAAGUUGGUGGAAGGCAAUGCUUUCCAAAGCCCAGACCUUGAAGUAGCCCCAGAAGUUGUGGACUUGCCCAAAAUUUGCUCUUCUCUCCUUCAUUAGACAGAUCUGUAGCUCAAUGGGAACCUUUAUUGGUCAUGUGUACCCAGGGCUGUUUCUAAUCUCAUAUGGACUGUGUCAGGCAAUAGUAGUCUCCAAAGCUAUGAUAUUCAAAGACUCUCUCCUGGAUCCUUCAUGCCAUCCUAGGAAUAAGACAAGAUGGGCCCGGCUAUGGAAAAUAUCUUAUGGAGGUUUGCUGAAGAUGUUGGCUGGCUCCAUUUUGAUAGCUUAUGAGAUCAGCUGCAUUAAAGGAGGGUUUAUACUAAUGAACAGAGAACUUCCACCAAGAUUUAUGUACCCCAAAGAGUGGCAGCACCUCACUAUGUUCAUCCUCUUCACCCUCAAUGGCUGUGUAGAUGUCAUGAGCAAGAACUUGCUACCUCAGAGGUGUGUGGUCCUGAAAGGUACCCUGGUCCUGACCUUCUAUGUGCUCCUGCUGCUGUUGAUGUCACACGUCCAGGACUCAACCGGGAUAGAGCUUCAGAUUCAUUAUCUGCUCAUCGUGGUGGUGUUCCUGUUGAUGCUGGUGUUGACCAUAGAGCUGUGGACUCCUGACACAUUUCACCUCUUGCUGAUUGAGACUUUUCUGUUUCUGACGAUGGGCUCCUGGCUGAUACAGGGGGGCUUUAUUCUGUACAGACCAGUCACUGGCUACCCAUGGCAGGAUGAUGACAUCAGUGACAUCAUGUUUAUCACCACCUUCUGGCAUGUGAUAUGGAAUCUCUUUGAAUUGCUUUGGCAUCAUUGUUACCGUCCCAGCUUGAAGCUGAUGGAAUCCAAAGAAGCUCCACAUCACAAGGGCACUAUAGGACCCCUCUACAAAUUGCUGCGGGAAGUGGAACAGUCAGAGAAAGAUGACCAGGCUCCUCUCCUUUCAAAGAGCUCUCCCUGA